CAAUGUUUUGAUUUUGAGAUUUGGCAAAAAAAACAAAACAAAUGUUUGAUUGAAAUUAACUUAAUUCUUUUAAAUUAUUAGAAUUAUCACGAAAAAUAUGACUUAUUCGAAAAGCCAUUAUCAUUAUAAUGAUGAACAACAUCCACUAAACAUGAUUAAUGUAGAUGAUGAAAAUUUCGUAAGAAAUGUGGAAAAUCAAUUGGCCAAUAUACCUGAAUUUCAUAAUGGUCCUCCACCCGACAAUGAUGAUGAUGAUGAUGAUGAUCAUUAUGAUGACGAUAGUACAUUGUUAUGGAAACCUAAUCCCGAACGAAUUGAUGAUAAUACAAUUGAUUUGUUCGUUAGUCAAGCAUUCCAUCAUGGUAUCAAAGGUGAUCGUGCAUUACAUAUAUUAUAUUUUUGUAAUUAUGAUUACAAUUUUGCUCUCAAUCUUAUUCGUACUUCAUUGGUUCCGAUUAUUUAAAAAUUUUUUCGUUUUAAAACGUUUUUGUAUCAUAUUUACAUUUUUUAAAAUAGAAAGCUGGAAAAAUAAAUACUUUUC